AUGCAUUUCAGUGUAACUAAGGAAGUUGAUUGGGAAGCCGAUGACGAAAGCGACGGCUUCACGCCAACCCUCGGUGUUAAGAAGCGAUACCGCCUUGUUCUCGACUUCUCUCGGCGCUCAUCAAAGCACCGGAAAGAGGGCAAAGGUAUCGAUGUCGAGCCCAGCGAGAAUAUUGACCAUCCCAUCUCCUAUCGGCAUCGUUGCUACGGCUGCAACGCUCCGCGAUCCGACCAGUACCAGCAGGAAUUUCCCCCGAGGCGAGGCAGGAAACCGAGGCCCAGCCUCUGCACCCGAUGUCGCUACUAUCGCGAGAUUCGAGUCGCCGAUCGCGCUCGCCGUAGCAGGGGCCGCCGCCGGACUGACAAGUUGACAGCCAGGAUUGACGAGCGGGAGUGGUGCGCCGGCUGUGGCACGCUUCGCUCCAACAAGUACCAUAGCAAGCUGUUGUCAGGCGAGCUGUCCGUCUGGGAUGAGAUCUGCGGCCAGUGUAUAAUCAACAAGGAGAGAAGGGACAAGCGCGGACGACUCGGCACGUGUUACAAAGGGCAGCGCGUGGUGGGUUGCAGCGAGGAGGAGGACGACCAGAACGGUUUCCCUGGCCACAGCAACCCCCAGGACUGCCGGAGCAGCCCGUACGCAUUCACUCCAACCUCCUUUCGUGACGAGAUGAAGCUCGUCUUGGGUACGGCUUCGACGUUGGAUAAUCGAGCUGGGCCCGAGAAUAGCAAGGUGAGCCCCUCCUGUAACAACGAGCAAUCAGCCAUCAAGGCCGCCUCACGCGCGGACGCUCGUCGCGAUCCGGUCAACGUCGGCAAGGUCUCAGAGCACCAACGGGCCAAUAUCCGUUGCUACGCAUCCAAGAGCGAGGCUUCGAAGCACGGUCAAGACCAAGGCGCGCCGGCACGCCAGGGGGGUAAGGGAGGUUCGAGGAGAGAAGGGUCCCAGCAACAGAACACGUGCCGCGAGUCGAGUGAGAAAUCCACGGGGCAGCCUCGGCUCCGGGGUGUUCGUUUGACGGCCGGGAAGUCACCCUCUUGGCAGUCACCCAAAUCUUACGAAUUGUGCGUUCGACAAAGGGAACCGAAGGACGCCGAGAAGGGUCGCCUCCCCGCGGCCAGCAGCAUCGUCGGCGGCACCAGUCGCUCCGGCGAGAAGGAGGAGAAGGAGAAGGCGGAGGAGGAGGUGGAGGGACGAGAAGCUCGCGACUACUUUAAACCUCCGCACCUGGAGGACUGGUACAAUAAGCAUAGGCAGCCCAUGGCCAAGUCGAGGUCCGAAGAGCGGCAUGGGGCGCCCAAUGUGGCAUCGUUCCCCGCCGGGUAUCAGGAGCUCCAAGAGGGCCGUGAUUACUUCAAGCUCCCACAGCAGCAGCAGCAGCAGCAGCAGCAGCAGAAGCGCUGCGCGACGCGUUGGAGGCGUACAGCCGCCGAUUCCAAGAUCCAGGAAGAGGCCGGUGAGCGGCACUCGGACGGACACGGCCAUCGGAAGCACCCGUCCACGUCCACGUCCUCCACCAGAUCGAGUCGGUCCCAGCCACAGGAGCCGUUCUACUUCAACCUUCACAGCCGCGACGGGUCCCAGCCCAAGCCGGCCGCCUCCACGGACCGGCAUCUCACCGACCGCAACUCGCAAGCCCGGCGCAAGGCUCAGCCGGCGCCUCCUCGGAGGCAACAACAACAACAACAACAGAAAAAGCAACGGCAGCCGGGUUCUCAGCCGCGGCCUAUGGGCGUCUCCGACCUGUAUUGGGCCUCCGAGUACGGCCAGGCCGAGCGGGCCUCCACGGGCGCAGGCGGUGGGUUUUUUCUCUUCUCGGACGCCAGAGCCUCCGGUAUCUCCACCACCACCACCACCGCCGCCGCCGCCGUCUCUCCCUCGGAGACCGGGGCUUCUCCUCCUCCCCGCAGCGCCGACCAGAAGCAGAUCUGGGAAGUCGACUCGGACGAGGCGGACGAGAUCGAGCGGGCCCACGCCAGGCUUGUCGCUGCCUUGGGGCGGGCAGCGGCCGGGGCAAGGGGUUGUUAG